UGCGCAAAAUGAAAGUGGAAAUAAAUGUAAAUUCCAAUGUGGUUAAUUUUAGAAAAAGAAAAAACGUCAUGUGACUUGAAGAAAGGAUACAUUUUCUCAAUUGCAAUAAAUCAUGGCAACUGCUAAAAACUUAGAUAACGAAUGGAACCAACCAUAUCAUGUGUAUGGGCCUGGCGAGGGAAAGCUUCGAAGACGGAUUCUUCGACAAGUGGGUGAUUACAGAAUUGACCAAAAGGAAUGGCAAGCAGAAACAAAAGAAACAGAAAAGUUUCUCGGUAACUUGACGUCAAAAAUUUGUGAAAACUCUGGUAAGUUUAACAGUGAAUUUCAAGUCAGCAGAGACUACGUCAAACAAGCCAGUGGAAGGCAAGGUCUUAAAAUAAACUCUCCAGACGAAUUUGAUAUCGUCGUACCAAUACAUUUAACAGGACUGGAUAUACAGCAGGCAAAGGUCAGAAACUCGGAUGGGAAAAUAAUGGCAGGGCUGCAUCGUCAAAGAGUCUUGAAUAAAGAUAUGUCAACCACCCACCCACGUCUUUCGCACGAGGGUGUUUUUCAGCGCCAAGGAGGUAAUGUGUUUCUCAAUUCAAAGAGUUUCCAUGAAAAAGUUUGGACUGGUAUUGUGGAUAAGGCAUUGGAAGACGUUAGGAAAGACAUGCCAAAUUAUAAAAUUGUGCGCAGUGUUCACCCACCGACAGUGAAUGUUCAAAUAACGUCACCUACUGGUAGGGUUAUAAACUAUGACGUUGUCCCCGGGGUGAGCUUGAAAACAGAGACAAUACGAAUUCCGGAGAAAAUUACUGGGAAGCAGGCAAUGGUGGUAAAUUUGCCUAUCUUUGCUUUGCCAAAACAUGACAACAAGAAUAGCCCCGUUAUUCACGACAAAGACAGAUCCCUCAUUUGGCGGAAUGACACAAGUUCGCACGAACGUUGUAUGGCGGAUUUAUGCAAGAAUUCAGAUCAAAGAAGAUACAUAAUGACAGCCAGUCGCAUCCUUAAAUCGGCGAUAAAAACUCUGCAAGAAGAACAGAACCACCUUGGGCAUCUCAUCAACUCAUAUCACUUGAAAACAAUAGCUUACAAAACUGUGUAUGAUUUGACGAUGCGUGACUCUAAGAGAAAUCUUACUGGUGUAAAGGAUGCUCUUGGACACCAAAUUACAGCCCUUAACAAAUGCGUGUCGGAACGUUAUUUGAAUGACUUUUUUCAAGGCAAUGAGGAUUUGGAAAAAAUUUUCCCAGGUUCAGAGCUAACCAAAAAUCAUAGACAGCAGAACUUGUUUUGGAAGGCAAAUCCCAAUUUGAUGAUGUCAGCUAGAUAUGGUAUCCCAAAACUUACCGGGAAUCUGAAUGGUUGUUUUACUUGUAUCAAUGGGCAAUGAACUGAAAUCAAAAACUCUCGCAGUUCAGUUUUAACUUUUCUGUGGUUUAUUUUGUAUGCUGACCGAGAAUGUAAAUUUGAAAAGUUUAAAUCUGUUUCUCCUUGUAAAUUCAACUACAUGUACUUGUAUAUAAAUCUUACACUCAUUACACUGUAAUUAAGCAGAUAUACAUGUAAUUAACCAAUGUCAUUAU